AUGGAAUUUGUAUGGAAACGAUGGUGGUAUCUUCAGCUGGGCUGCAUAUUGAUAGUGAAUUUGGUUUAUGCCAAUCUAGAGUAUCAAAAAGAAACUCCUCCAAGCCUGCGUGAGAUUGACCAUCAGUGCUGGGAGGUAUCGUCCCAUGGGCUGGUGGAAAUGAAGAAACUCAAGGUAGCAGAUACAGUCAUUGCUCUCUGGGACUUCAUGAUGUUCCUAAAAGAGUCCCCUAAGCCCAAGCACAAUGAACUCUUCAAUGAUUUAGCCCAGAACUUCUGGGAUAUGUAUGUAGACUGUGUCCUCUCAAGAUCCCAUGGAAUGGGCAGAAGACAAUUAACAUCUCCCAGAUAUUAUUCCUCAUACUCACACAGAACUUUAGAAGGGUCUGCUUUCACCAAUCCAUUUUAG